AUGAAUCUAUCUAUCUCUUUCCUUAGCUUAGCUCGAACGCGCUUUUCUAAACGACUGCUACAUUCCUCUGUAACCCUCUUUCUUGUUUCUUCUUACGCGCCCUCUAAUAAUUCUUAUUCAUUUUCCCUUCUCUCAUUUGCAUCGUUUCAUCACUGUUCUCCCCUUCCUCCCCUUCUUGUUCAGCCAAACGACAACCCUCUCUUUCUCUCUCCUCGUCUGUCUGUCUCUUCGUUCGGUAGGAACAGGAAGACUCAGGAGUUUGGGUCUAUCUGCCAUCUUUUCUUUUUCGUUAAAAAUUCUGUUCAUAUCUAUCUAUCUAUCUCUGUUCAUAGUCUGUUCAUAUCUAUCUCUGUUCAUAGUCUGUUCAUAUCUAUCUCUGUUCAUAGUCUGUUCAUAUCUAUCUCUGUUCAUAGUCUGUUCAUAUCUAUCUCUGUUCAUAGUCUGUUCAUAUCUAUCUAUCUAUCUCUGUUCAUAUCUGUUCAUAUCUAUCUAUAUCUAUCUCUGUUCAUAGUCUGUUCAUAUCUAUCUAUCUCUUCUGUUCAUAUCUAUCUAUCUCUGUUCAUAGUCUGUUCAUAUCUAUCUAUAUCUAUCUCUGUUCAUAGUCUGUUCAUAUCUAUCUAUCUCUUCUGUUCAUAUCUAUCUAUCUCUGUUCAUAGUCUGUUCAUAUCUAUCUAUCUAUCUCUGUUCAUAGUCUGUUCAUAUCUAUCUAUCUAUCUCUUCUGUUCAUAUCUAUCUAUCUAUCUAUCUAUCUCUGUUCAUAGUCUGUUCAUAUCUAUCUAUCUAUCUAUCUAUCUCUUCUGUUCAUAUCUAUCUAUCUCUGUUCAUAGUCUGUUCAUAUCUAUCUAUCUAUCUAUCUAG